AUGCAUCAUGCUACCAAUUCGCUUGACGGCGAUGAAAUAAAUGUAGCGAACUACACUAAUACUUCCAGCUCAAUGGACAAAGCCGGCAGCGCAAUUCCACCUACGCAACGCCCUGAGUCGGCACCCAGCAGGCCGCGUCCGUUCUCCAAUACACAAUUGAUUUUGCCUAAGCGCGCGGGCUCAUCCAUGUCGUCGAAAGUUUUCGAAGAACUUAGAGCUGAAUUUGGAACAGCCAAUUCUAGAGAGAAAGCUCCCAACCCUCAUCCACGCACACAAGAUACCCUCGACUUGCCAGCUAAGACCCUAGCUAGUACCACUUGUCCAUUUUGUCACGAAAAGCUGCAGAAUCCAUCCGCUGAAUUGUCUGCUAUGAUUUCAUAUUGGCAGCAACGCCGAAAGUCUGGAACGGUGCUUCGCCCCACUGACACAUUGGCAGUGUGCCAACGGCACCGGGAUGAGCAAGAUGUAAUCCCACACGGCAAAUCGCAGGGCUGGCCAAUGCAAAUUGAUUUCAGGCAACUUCGCCGACGUAUUACCCAACCGCAAAGCCGAUAUAUGGGCGUGCUACAAGACCGGAUCAUAGCACCAGAACAGAGCCGUUGGUUUCAUGCAGCACGAGCUCGUCGCGAAGCUAUGGGCAAGAAGAUGAGCGCAAGUGUACAUCAAAUUGACUUGUUUCAUGAGCGACAGUCAGGAUAUUAUGGCGAGCGUGGUUGGGAAUUGUUCCAUGACAUCCUAUUUGCGGCUUUUGUGCAAGACCCACUCAUGACGUCCUUGGAUUUGAAGCAGGAUACUUUAUUGGACAAAAUUGCACCGUUGGAUGCGCCAGAAUUUGUGGAUCAAGUGCUUCUGCCCGAGCUUGUGUGCAUGCUAAUUCAAGAUGAUAUGGGUGGCACAGGGCAAGCAACAUAUGAGGAUGCGAUCCAAGUACAGCAAGAGAGUCAAAAAUUCGGCGUGGCGAUGUAUGCGAGUGAUGCAGCUGAUGCGUCGGCAGUAAGCGAUACACGGAGAUCUAGCGGAAGUUGGAUUGGAGCAUCGCCGAAACGCGCUAAGAAAAUGGAGCGGGAUGACGACGAUCCAUUUGUGCCCGGGGGAUCAUCACGAGCAAGAUCACAAUCGAAAUAUGUACAACAGACCUUGCCUGUGCGCCGACGGUCGACACGCAAUUGCACCCCACCCGCUACAACAUACCAGGAGGACUCCUCGUCAAGUGAUUCAGACGAAGUAGUGCCAGUAAAAGUAUGGCACCAGCAACGCUUGUUUUUACCAACAAGGAGAAAGGCAGCCUCCUCGUCACCAAGACCAAAGCCGCGUCCAGCCCACAGAUCAGGAAUAUAG